CUGCCAAGCUCCUCCUGCAACACCACGCCCAAUCUACCUUACAUAGAGGCUACUAGUCACCCUAAAAUCGUGCAUCAUAUGAAGGAAAAAAGGACAAGCCAAGAUUGCUUCCUGUGUGGUGCUGUGAAGACGAAGUCGAAACCGGAUCAGUGAUCCCUGGCUAUUAUUAACCAGUUGAGACGUUGAAAAAGCCCGCGAAUUUUUAAUCCAUAAAAACCAUGAAACCCGUGGUGAAGGCGGCAGUUCGCAAGGCGUCGCCGCCUCGUCCAGAGCAGGAACAGACCUUUCAGGCCAAAUUGGCCGAGGUCAAGCGGAUGAGAGAGGCAGGCAUUUUGGGAGGAAGGGGUGGGGGGGCGGGACAGACAGCGGGUGGGAAGCGGCUGAUUAUCAAUGGCAAGCCCGCGGAACGGGUCCUCGGGGAUUGGGCGGAAAUGAAGUCAUCCCGAGGGAAGAGCUAUUUCUUUAACAUGAAGUCGCAGGUUUCGACCUGGAUCGCGCCGCUCGAGUUUCAAGUGGAGCCGCGGGUUCCGCCCUUGCCCAAUGUGAACCACUCGCUCCGGCCAGUGUCGCCGGCUUCGGUUGAACCGCAGCGGGUGGAACGGGAGGCCACGCCUCCGGCCCCGAAAGCCGUUGAUAAACCAGUCGCAUCCGUGGUCAAAAAGAAAACGAGUGGAUUUAAGAUGAAAAUUAAAGGAGGGGUGACCAAGAAAAAGGCCAAGAUGAAGAAGAAAAACGGCAAGAAGGUCAACAAUGGGGCCGGGCCCUCGGUAUUUGAAGGCAAUUCAGAUUCUGAAGAAGACCAAGGAAGCCACGCCCAAACGAGGAGUUUUGACCUGAAUGAACGAGAUGGUGGUAAAUACUCCCCAUCCAGUCCCUCUAACAACUCGCCCAGAUCCCGGUCUAGAUCCCGGUCUAGAUCCCGGUCCAGAUCCCCCUCGAGAUCUCGAAAACGUUCUCGCUCGAGAUCCCGGAGCAGAAGGAAACCGCGCUCAAGAUCGAGGUCGCGCUCGCGUUCGAGACAUCGUACUAGAUCCCGCUCUCCCAAUAACAAUGCUCUAGGCCAACAAACUCUUCCCACAAAGCUUCCUUUGGUCAAUGCGGCACCAGUGCCCGCACCUGACCUGAACAUGAAGGCAGUGCUGGAGGCCAAGGCCAAAAUUGAGUCUCAGAUGAAAUCCCAUAACUCACUUAUAUCCUUUCUGGAUCACAAGCCCUCGCACCAGGUGGUGAAUCCCACCUGGAUGAGUGAGUACAACUUCCCUGCCACGCUCUCACGCUGCAUGUUCCCCAAAAUCUCGGACGUACUCCACGAAAUGCAGACUAACCGCGGGAAGAAACGGUCCACCACUCUGGCUCCAAUCCCUGCGGCCAUCAAAGAGCAGGCUGCUGGUCUGGUCAGUGAGGACGACCUCCGGAAGGACAUGUUUCUCCUCGAGCUCAAAGACCCCAACAACCGUCACCGACUGCUCACCGAGAAACUCAGCCAGACCGUGUACAAAAUCCCGGACGAGUUAUGGGAGCGGUCCUUCAACGUAUUCCAGAUCGAUCUCAUGCAGGGGGUGCGGCUGGAGACCAAACCCCAUGGGUUCACAGAAGAUAAUGUGCCCGUGUAUACCCGCACCGGGAAGGUAUGCAAGAGCAUUCCCUACCCUGAGGACAUAGUGCGGUGCCAUGCGGUUCUCCAAGUGUGGAAAACAGAGCGGUGCCACGUGGUUUAUGCCAACAAGACUUAUCUAAUUGAGCGUGAUGACACGCAAUGGAAGAAGGACUUGGAGGACUGUCGCAAGUUUCUUAGAGAAAACGGCUACUGAAUCGUACCCAACGCUAGCUAGCUCGCUAAUCGCGAUGGUCCAUUCCGUAUUUUUUUUUUCAAUAUGACAUAUGCCAUAUUAAAACCAAACGAUUUGA